GAUGUCGCCAAGUCUAGCGUUUACUACAAGUCGUCUGGAGUGAUGGCCGAGGAAAUUUACAAAGCAGAGAGUGAAGCCAGCUGCCCAUGCCCCUCCCUGCCCCCUCUGAGCCAAGCAGCCCGCAAAAUUAAUUACCAUCGCCAGGGUGAUCGUCCAAGCGAACCCAAAGACUUGGAUUUUGGGAUUUGCUCCCGCUUCCUACCGAGAGACUUCCUAAGAGCGGAUAUGAAGACAGGUGGUGGACAGUGUCAUCUCAUAUUUGCAAGCGAGCAACAAUUAAAUACUUUAAAGACGGCCAAGACUUGGUACAUAGAUUCUACAUUCCGAGUUGUGUCACCCCCUUUUCACCAGCUGCUGUCCAUCCAUGCUUUCCUCGUCUCCGGAUCGGCGAUGAAACAAGUUCUUUUGUUUGCAUUGAUGUCGCGGCGCCAGAUAGAGGACUACGUGGCCGUCUUCAACAACGCGGUGAACCACCUAAUGGACAACGCAGAUGUUGAAAAAAUGGUCACGGACUUUGAGGCGGCGACCUGGAGAGGGUUUCAAAGAGUUUUUCCGGCCGUCCAGGUCAAGGGCUGCACCUUCCAUAUGAAUCAGGCGAUUUAUAGGAAGGUGCAGAACUUGGGUCUGGCUACGGCUUACGAAGAGGACGUGGGAACACACAGAUUCAUCAAAAAGCUUAUGGGCUUGCAAUUCCUAGACUCAGCCCAUAUCGAGCCAGCAUUUAUGAAGGUCAAACAGCAAGCAGUGACACCGAAUCUGAUCGCCCUCAAUUACUGGUGCGUUUUUGGGACGGCCAUCCGGACGAACAAUGACCUGGAAAGCUGGCACAAGCGCUUAAACCAGCUGUCCGGGCGACGUUGCCUACCUUUUUACAGACUGCUCCCCCUCCUCUUCCGAGAAGCUGACCUGCUGCCCCUGCAGAUUCGACUUCACAGACGUCGACCAUGUCCAGAACGCCACAUCACUCUGGGGACACCCCACUGGACUCGUAUGGUGUAUGGGUCAGUGGAGGACUUAACUGACUCCCCCAGAACGACCCUCGCCCUCGCCCAGGAUCUGAGAUAG